CGUGCGCUGGGUGAGCUGCCGUUCGGUGGGAUAGGGACGGGGCACUCGAUGCCUCCUGCGCGUGCCCCUGUGGUCACCCAACAUUGGAACCUGGUGAAGCUGACCAGUGGGGCAGCGUCUGUGGUUGGCCCACCUGCCGGUGGGUGCCGCGGGACGCUGCUUGGUCUAGAGCUCGCACGAGCGGGAACCGGGAAGGAGAACGGGCGGGACGCUCGAUAGACCGAGUCCUAGAUCAGAUAGGCCACUCCGCCUCUUCCUUGGAUUGUGACGAUGGCCACGCCGGAGCAGCGUGCCGUAUGGGGCGUGCGGCAGCGGUUCCUGUACGCCACCGUCCGCCGCCCGGUGCCGCUGAGCUGCGGGCCACCGCUUAGUUGGGCCCGCUUGCCAGCCGGCGGCGUCGGAGUCUGCGAGCUGCCAACAAGGAGGAGACGGGACGAAGCGCCCAAGGCCGUUGAGGCGCGUGUUGCCUCAUUCGUCCAGGCCCCCCGUCGGAACAGUCUCCAGGCGGCGCCGCGCGGCGUUCGUACGCACGCGUGCGCUGCCCACUCCCGUCUGCGCGUGCCCCCAGGAUUCGAUACCGAGAUAAGUUCCUCCUUCUCAUCUGCAUAUCCUUCCCUGCUUUUUUCUUCCUCUCGCCCCGGUCACGAACACUGCCUUUUCAAUUCCCACCUCCCUGUCUCCUCCCUGUUUCCCCCUCGCAAACCUCUGCGUGCAGAUCUGUGCAGGUGCGGCUAUGGAUUCGGUGACCUAGGCCGAGGAGCUCCCUUCGCAGCAGUCUUCUUGGAUUUGAGCAGCAUGGUCUCAGGCAAUCUUCCUGCAUUUGACAAGCAAUAUUCUUGGGUUCGAGAAGCAACGUCUCAUGUUGCAGCCGACUUUUGUGUGCCCUUCAUCUCCAGCAAGAAGAGUCCAAUGCAUGGGACCUGAAGCCUACAUUGACCUCAAUCUGCAAACUGUGUAGCAUGGUGACUAGCUUUUGGUUUCAGUUGCAGCUGACUUUUGUGUGCCCUUCAUCUCUAGCAAGAAGAGUCCAAUGCAUGGGACCUGGAGCCUGCAUUGACCUCAAUCUGCAAACUGUGUAGCUUGGUGACUAGCUUUUGGUUUCAGGUAGUAUUCAAAGCUACCAGCUAGGUUGUUUGAUAGCUAUGCAUACUUUCUGUUACAUGUAGAUUUAUGGUACUCGGAUGUGUUGUAAUAUUGAUGCUCCAAAUGCCGGACAAACACCUAACGAUAGGAUAGAGUGAUGCUCGGAUGUAACCAUGGUGAUCGGAUGCACUUUAAUGUUGAUAAUUGAAUUGCCGGACAGACACCUGAUGGAUAGGAUAGCUCGGUGCUCGGAUAUGUUGUAAUAUUUAUUAUUCAGAUGUCGGACAGACACCUGACGGCUAGGGUAGCUUGGUGCUUGGAUGUGCUGUAAUAUUUAUGAUCAAAUGCUGGAUAGACACCUAUGUUAUCAUGUUGAUCAUCGGUUUGCUACCAAAUAUGUUGAUUUUAUAUUGAA